AUGAAUACUACAUCAAUCCCAGCAGAACGCACUCUGUAUGUUUCAAAAUACCCUCAAUAAACAACCACUGAACAAUUAAAGAAAAUAUUCUCAGAAUUCGGCCAAAUUGAAUAAAUCACCUCCCAAGGAUCAGGAGUUUGUAUAAUCUAUAAGGAAAAUCAAAGUGUCACUUCUGCUCUCUAAAAAUCGAUUAAUAUCAAUGGUGAGGAGCCCUACGUUUGUUAAUACUUAAAUAUAGCUCAGCUGGAUCUUGAAGCUAAUGUCUUUAUUGACAAUAUCGAUAAGAAAGAGACUCAAUCAUCUCUUCGCUAACUUUUCAGUUAAUUUGGAACUAUCCUCAGUGUCAAAUUAUAGAAGUCAGACAAAGUGGGUGUUGCCUAUAUAUAAUUUGACAAAAAAGAGUCAGCUGAUAAAUGCAUAGCCGAAUAAUCCAAAUUAGGAUUUAAAAUUUAGAAAUUCACAUCCAAAAAACAACACAGAGAUCAAGUGUACAUAAGUAACAUCAAAGUCCAGCCAAAUGUCACUCCAGAUCAACUAAAAUCUGACUUACAGACCUUUGUUUCCUCCUUUGGAACUGUGGAAUCAUUGGUUUUGAAUAGAAACACAACAAAUGGGACAUUUUUUGCAUUUGUAAAAUUUGUCAAUUAGGACAGUGCAAAAGCAGCUGUCAAAUCCAAUAAAUUGUUUAAUGAUCAAUAAAUCCACAUCGAAUGGGUCGUCAAUAAUGUUGACAAAGACAUCGAAGCCAACUUGUUCACCAAAAAUCUGAAAGCCGACAUCACUGAAGAAGAUUUGAGGAAAGCUCUCAAUUUGGUAGUGCCUGUUGAGGAUAUCAAAUUAAUGCCAUCAAAACAACCACCAAAUGGUAGUAGACCACCCACUCAAAUAGCCUAUUUAUAUUUCAAAACAGCUGAUGACGGCAAGUAACUGAUCGCAUAUGCAUAUGAUCAUCCUCAAAUUGCCUCAUUGUAUGUGAAUGGAGUAAUAUCCCUUUCCCCUCUUUUGCCACCUUCCGAAGUGAGUUCCCUAUUGCAAGUGAAGAAAAAUACCUUCUAAAGAUAAUUCCAUCAACCUGCAUACUAAUAAUAUCAGUAAUAGAUGCCCCCUCCACCCUAUUAUUAAUAAUAACAAAGAUAUCCUUAAUAAUAACCACCCAGAUAGCAUCACAAUGGACAUAGAUAUCCACAAUAGAAGAGACCCUAUUAUCCCCAGUAAUAACAAAUCCCAGAUUUACCCUAAUUAUAAGUUAUGGUUGAUAGAGGCUAAAAAUAGCAAGUUACUGAUUUGAUUGGAAUGUAGCUAUUUCCAAAAGUAACCCAAGUUGUUGGCCCUAUUAAUGCACCACAAGUUACUGGCAUCUUGCUUGAUUUUGAAAAUUAUUAAUUAAGCGAUUAGGUUAGGAUGAUUCAAGAUUCAGCUUAUUUGGGCGAGAAUAUCAGAUAGGCACUUGAAAUUCUUAAAUGA